UUAUUAUCGCUUCCAGAGGAGGGGAGGUUCUUCUGGGAACAGGCUGGGACUAUCCCCUCACCCUCUCCUAAUAAGAAACACACAAUAACCUUAAAAUCUGUCCGAUUUUGUCGGGUAAUUUUGUAGAUUUCGCUUCUACUUUGACGAACAUAGACGGUCUCAGGCAGGAUGUCUGUCUCCAUGACCAGAGCUGAUGGGGUCACAGUGUUCACUUUGACCUCUGACCCCAAAAGUCCUUGGCCUCCACUGUGCCAAGUCUUCAAGGCCCUUUGCUACAACCCUGUGUGCUGCACUGUGUCUCAGCACCUUAGGAGGGCCCAGACAGCGUCUCUGUCAGCACUGGGGACUCUGCACAUUAUGGUUGGGUUGCUCAACAUUGGACUCGGGGUGAUUCUCCUUUGCAGUGCUGGUGGCUCUUGGUGGCAAAUGGACUCAACCUGGUUUCCAGUUUGGAUGGGAAUAUUGUUUAUGAUAUUUGGCAUCAUGUGUAUUGUGUCUAAGAAGUUCCCCAGUCCCUGUCUGGUCAUCCUCAAUGUGAUUCUGAAUCUGGCAGGAGUUGGUUUUGCCAUUGCAGCUAUCGCACUCUACAGCAUUAAUAUAGGCAACAUACACCUGUGGUGGAACUGUGGACAUAACAGGUAUUACUACUGGACGACACCAAGUCCAUCUCCUGACGAGGACAUAGUACGGGAGAGAUGCAUGGAGGGCCGAGAAUUAGCUCUGAUGCUCCUAAGAAGCAUCAACGCUGUGCUGAUUGUCUUGUCAGUCCUGGAGCUCUGUGUCACCAUCAGCUCUGUCGUCUUGGGGAUCAAGGCUCUGAGGAGCAGUGAGAAGGGAGAGAACAAGAGCACUGAUGACCCAGAGCUCCAUAAACCACUACUGGAGGAAGUCACCACCAAGUAACUCUAAAGCCUGAAUGACGAGCAUCAGAUACAAGGAACUGUAAUCCUUUGCAUUUAUGUCACUGAAUGUAUCUUCUGUACUGAAAAUGGUUUACGCACUUUGAGCUGGUACUAUCUCUGCAAAACUUCUGGCUCUUUUCCUACAAGGGUUGCUUAAAAGUAUUUGCGCUAGUUCUUCAGGGUAGUUUUGGUAAUAAUCUGCACUGUGUAUGCUGCUUUCACUUCUUCUUCUUCUGUUCCCAUUGAUUAUGAUUUUCUGUGGAGUAAUGUGCCUUACAGUCAGUGCGUUUGCAGGUAAAAGGGAGGUUCAUGCAAGUGUGUGUGGCACUUAAAGACUGAUGUCUUUUUAUUUUUUACUAUUUUACAAUAUUAAGCCAUGUUAAAAAAAAAUUCUAAUAAAAGCAUCAGAUCUGUUGACUGUUGCA